CUUAAUAAUAUUAAAACUGCUUUUUGAACUAUCUGUAAAUGGAAUUUUAAAAAAGGAUGGAGUUAUGCUUCUAACUUAACUAUUGCUCAUGGAUGUAAAAACACGUUGACAACUCUAAUGAUAAGAUGGCGAGCUAGUAUGUUGAUGGUUAUUUUAAGAUUAUUUUUAAACUGAGUGUAGGAAGACUCUUUUAAUUUAAUAAACUAAUAAUUUAUUCAUGUUAUUCGAUCUUUUCAUUAAUGUGCCAUGAACCCAUUUGAUUCAACGAUCGAAUCUAUCCCAGAGAUUUCUAAGAUUUUUGAUGAAGACUGCAAUUGUACUGCUAUUGAUAAAACUAUCGGAGAAUUUUGCGGCGAAACUGAAACUCUAAGAAUUAUCAAUGAGUUUCAAAAAUUAUACGAAACUCGUAUUGAAAAUGUUGAUCGAGAGUUCGAAAAUGAAUUUGAUCAAGUUUGUAUGAAAUUAGAAAUAUCAAAGGAAUGGAUAAAAAAUUUAAAAGAGCAAAAUGUUAUGCUAGUACAAGUAGUAGAGGAUUUAGAGCAAGCUGCUUGUAAUAGAGUUAAAUUAUUGGAACAAAAAUUAAAACAUUCAUCAGUGUUAGUUUCUGGGAACAUGUCAAAGUCAAUGAAUACAGAAAUGACUAUACAUACACUUUCCAAUCGUGUAAGUAUCUUAGAAAAAGAUGAAAAAUAUAUGCAACAAAAAAUAGAAUUUCUUCAAAGUGAUAUCAGAGGAUUAUUAGAACUAAUACGACGUGCAGUGCAAGAAAAUCAUUGGAAUUUAGAUGAUAUAAAAUUCUUUGAAAUUCAACCUAGUGAUAUACCUGUCCCCACUAACUGUACCUGUGAUCAGGGAGAUAUAAGUCAUAAAAAGAUGCAGUCCUUAAAAUUGCAAAUCAAACAUCUUCAAGAAAAUGAAAAAAGAAUGAUUGUAUAUCAAAAAGAGUUAGAGGAUAAAUUAAUAGAUCUUAAUGCAAAAUUGCAAACAAAAGAAGAUACCGUUAAAGCAUGUGUUUCUCAAUUUCAAAAUCUUAGUGACAAUCUUAGAAAACAUGUCAAAUUUACUGAGCAAAUUGCAUGUAGCUCAUUUAUAGUAAAUGAUCAAGAACCUGUUGAUGAUGUUAAGAGGUCAAGGAAUCCUACAAAUCAACAGAAUCAAAUUUUAUUAUAUUUGAGUAAAGUAAAAUCAUUCAUGGAACAGGAAAAAGAAGACCUUUUUAAUUUAAAGAUAGAAUUGGAAAAAACUGUAGAAGACUUGUGCGGCAGAAAAGAUAAAGAAUACAAAACGAUUGAUAGUGAAAAUAAUGUGGAUAAUAUAAGGUAUAAAUUAGCUAAAAAUAUUGAAUAUGUGGACAAAAUAUAUUUAAAAAAGGAGGAAUCAAUUGAAAUAAUUAAUUCUUUACUUCAAAUGGAAAAUAAUCAUCUUUUUCAUGUAGAAGAUCUUAAUUGCUUACCAAGUACGGAUAUUAACCGACGGAAAUUAAUGGACAUAUUCAGAGCAUGUAUUGUUGAAGCACAACUUACUAUGGAAGAUAUGAAAGAUGAAAUAAAUAUAAUUGUUUCUUCAUUUAAAUGUAGACAUCAAAAGUAUGUUGAUUUGAAUAAAGAAGUUAUGAAUGUACAAAAUCAGUUAAUAAAAAGUCGGGGGAUAAUAGCAGAAGUAAUUAAUAAAUUACAAUUACAAGGAGAAGAAAGAAUCAGACACAAUGAUAGAAUUGCUUCAAGAAAGAAUAAAUUAAAAGACAUAAAAAAUGAAAUAAAUCUGUCCCAAUCCCAAUUAUCAAUUCAUAUAAAUGAAAUGCAGACCAAUGAAAAUAUAUCUAGUUAUGCAGAAAAUGUAUCCAACUACGACCUGUUAUGUUCAGUAAUCGAAGAAAUAGAACAAACAUCAUCUAGUCUGCAAAUAUUUCAAGUUCAAGGAUGUUGCAUAGUAAAAGAGUUUGAAAAAAUGAAGAACCAAUUUUGUGAAGUAGAUUCAUCUACAAGGAAAUUACAAGAAAAAAUAGAUGAAGCAUUGACAGAACAUGACAUAGUAGAAUUGACACUUUCACAAAAAGAACAAAAAUUACAGAAGUUAGAGGAAGAAGUUGAUGUGAUCCAUUUAAAAGUAAAAAACGUGUUGGAAUCAUUUUUUUCUCCAAAAGAACAUGUAUCUGAUUAUAAUAUUAUGGAGGCUCAAUUAUAUACACAAAUUUUAAAUGAGAUACUGCAAACUAAACAAGCUGUAUAUAAAUUAAGGAAAGAAUAUGACGAAUUAAAAUAUAAGUUAUCACAAUCAUCACUCCACCCUGAAUGUGAUAAGAAAACAUGUUCGUGGAAAUGUAGAGUAACUGACUUACAAGAUCAAGUUAAAAUACUACAACAUGAGGCAAAGUGCAAUGAAGAAGCAAACAAUUUUUUAAGAAAUAACAUUCAAUCAAUAGAAGAGGAACUGCAUAUAACACAAGCAAAAGCAGAUAAUUAUAGACGAUCUCAUUCCAUAGAUAAUAUGAAAUUAAAGAAAAAGAUUAUAGAAUUAGAAAAUACCCUUAAAUUUCAAAAAGAAAUUGAAUGUACUCUUCAGCGACAAUUGAAUGAUAGCGAAAUUGAAUUAAAAAGAUCUAAAGAAUUAUUAAAUUCUUCUCACAAUGAACAUAGCAUGGAAGAAACUUUGUUACGGUAUGGCUGUUAUCAGUUCAGAUAUGACACAAUGACUGCACCUCAGUUAUUUAAAAAACUGCAAAACACUAUAAAAUCAACAAAAACUGGCCUUCAAGAACUUAAAGCAGAAUUCAAAAAAUUGAUUUGUGAAGAUUCAUCUAAUAGCUGUUCUUCUGCAAAGACAUUAAUGAAUUUACUAGAAAAAUUACAGAAGUAUGAAAAUGAACUAGAUAAUUGUACCCAAGAAAUUGAAGAACUCAAGAAUACAUUGUAUUCUAAAGAUAAGCUUAUAGAAAAUAUGGAUGAAAUUAUUAAAAUCCAAAAGGAUUCCAUUGUAAUGACACAAGCUGAAUUAAAAGAACUUCACAAAAAAUUUCAAGAAAAGAUUGAUAAUCAAGAUCAAAUAAUUUCUCAAUACGAAAAGGAAAAGAAAGAAUUAUUAGAACAGAACGAGCUUCAAGUUCAAACUAUUGGUCAUUUACAAAAUGCUGUAGUGGAAGCUAAAAAAUGUAUAGAUCAAAUGGGACAUAGAACAGAAAACAAUCGAACAGUCUGUAAUUUACAGUUUGAAGAAAAAAUUGAAGCUAUUCGUUUACUCACAGUGUAUGCAGAAGAAACUCAAAGUCAAUAUAAUGAAUGUUUUGCAGAGGCAGCUAAACAAGAUAAAUUGUUAGAGCUACAGCGAGACGCAAUUCACAAUCUUCAACGAAAAAUUAGUGGUAUGGAAUACGAUAAUAGCACAGCUAUUACUUUCAUCCAUAUCACAUAUUAUUCAAUUUUAAAAACAAUACAGGAACAACUGGAAACUCGAGUAAAUGAAAUUCAAGCUCUAAAAAAUGAGAGAGAUACUUUAAUACAAUCAAAAUGUUACUUGGAAAGUAAAUAUUUGAACACAAAAAUGUUAUGGCAAGAAGCAGAAGGAAAAUUGCUGGAAUUAAGGAAAGAAACGUUGAAGAUUGAACAUAAAACAAAGAUUACUGAAGAUAAAGGAUGUCAAUAUAAAAUAGAAGUUAAAGACAAAAACUGCACUACUCAAGAUAUAUUUGAUUGGAGUGACUUAACAUAUAAUAAUACGGAACAAUGUAAAAAUUUAUCACAUGAACAUGACUUACAAUCAGAAAUUCAAAUUUUAAUUGGAGAAAACGAAGAUAUGAAAAGACAAUUACAAAAAUAUAAAUUGGAUUUUGACAUCAUUGACAAAGAACUGAAAACAGAAAAAGAAAGUGGCACUUAUGUUCAACAAAUUUCAUUUGAAUUACAAAAAUUAAGAGAUACAGAGUGUUGCCUACAAUAUGAAAAUGAACAACUUAAGUCUGAUUUAAAAAAGCAAACUAUUGAAAUAGAGGACUUGUUAGAAAAGUUACAAUUAUCUCAGGAAAAUAACACAAAAUUUGAGAAAUUGUUAAAGAAAUUAGAGGAUAGGCAGAUACAGAUUAAUGAUUUAUGCAGUCAGAUUGUGAAUAACGAAAUUGUUAUAAAAAAACAAACAGAAAUCAUUGAAGAACUUGAAAAAAAGUUAGAUAUAAAAAAUAAACAAAUUAAAGCAUAUUUAUCUGAAUUAAAUGAAGCAGAAGAAGAGAUGUCAACUUUACAUGAAAGGAUACAAUCUUUAAAAACAAUGUUAAAAGAAAAAUCAGAUGAUAUGGCUAAAUUGCAGGCAGAUUAUGAAGUGAUGAAAAAUGAGAAUUCUAUAUUGAAAAUGGAGAAUAGCAAUUUUGAGGAUAAAACAAAAGAAGAUAUUUGUCAAUUAAAAGCUAUAUUGAAAGAUCUUCAAAUGCAAUUAUGCUUCGCUGAAGAUAAUUAUUGCAGAGUCACUAAAGAUUUUAAUAGAACACAAGAACAAUUAAUCAAGAUAACAAAACGAGAAGCUGAUUUACAAGAAUGUUUAACAAAUAUGGAAAUGGAUUAUUGCCUAAAACUAUCGACUAUAGAGAAAGAGAAAACUAUACUUGGAGACUGUUUGGAUAAACUUAAAGAUGAAUUAGAAGAAAUUCAAAGGAACUAUUCAUCAAAAAAUAGUGAACAUUGCAAACUGCAAGAUAUUUGUAAGUCUUAUGCGGAACAAUUACAUAUUUUACAACAACAGAUUGAGGGAGAAAAAGAGAAAAUUAAGCAAAUGGAAGAAUCAAAUCAUUGUAUAGUGCAGCAGUUACAGGAAUACAAGGAACAAAAUUGUAAUCUUAUUAAGGAAAAAUCCAUAAUAGAACAAAAUAAUUGUGAAAUCAUUUCAGAGUUGCAAGAGACACACAAAUCCUUGUUAGAAUUAAAAAAAGAGUGUCAGCUAAAAAAUAAAUCAUUGGCAUGCAUAUCAGCAGAAUUAACAGAAACGGCAAUGAGUAGAUCGGAACUUUGUAAUCAGUCGCAAUAUGUCGUUUCUUGUAUACGUGUUUGGAUGGAAGAACAACGAGAAUAUGUAAACAAACUUAGUACGAAAUUGAAAUCCCAACAACAGGAAUUAGUACAACUUGAAUUUGAAAAGAGGUCACUGUUUUUAGAAUUUCCAAGAUUAGUAUUUUCAAAGACUUAUAAGUUUAAAGUCUCAAAAAUAAUCGACAACACAAUUUACAGAGUAUUAGUAGAUGAAACAAGGAGAUUAAAACACAUUAAUCACGCACUAAUACAAAGACUGAAGCGGAUACAUAGACAUGGUGGGAGGAAUGUUAGAAACGUUUGUGUAGGAUGUCAAAUAUUACCAAAAAAUAUUGAUAUACAUCUUCCUACAAGCUCCAAAUAUGUAUCAUCACAGAAGAAACUAAAUCUUACAAGGACAGCACAGCGCAUGUCAGUGUGUAGUAACGGUUCGUGGUUCCCUAAAAUGAAAUAUUUAGUAAACGAGUUACGAAAAAGUAAUAUAGAAUGUAGUGAAAACUGUUUUAACAGGAUGAAUACAGAUGUAGGGGCAGAAGAAAACCACGAUUGCGGUUACCAAUCAUCUACCAGUAAAUAAACAUAUAUAGAAAGUUAUGACUACUAAAAAUGAACUAAUCAUACUUUUUAACGGACAUAUAAACAAAUUGUUAAUUCAUCAGACUUUUUUAUAUUAUUUACUAUGUAAUAGAAGUUCUUCAUAUUUAUAUGCAUGAGUCAAUUUAAAAAUAUAAACGUACAUCGAGUAAAUAAUUCAUUUGUCAAUGUGUACUUUCUUUAUUAAUGUUUCAUAAUUGAAUUUUCUGGAGUACGUAAUUUUAGAGUAAAAUGAUACUUUGUAUGACACAGAAUAUGCAACAAAACAAGAUUUUUUAUGUAUGCUUUGUGAAAUAAUUUAAGUAAGAACUUGCAUUCGUUUAUAGUAAAUACUUCCAGACUGUUUGGAGGAUACUAAAAAUUACAUAUUACAGACUUUUACAAACUUUUGCUUAUCUCUAAAGAUCCAUCAUUAUAUGCUAUAUAUAAUCUGAUAGAGAAAUAUACAAACCAAAACAACAUGUAGUAAAAUGCUUUUAUAAAAAAACUGGUGGACUUCUUGAGCUGUCCACCACGGAUAAGAAAGAAAAAAUAAAUGUGUUAAAUACACGAUCCCCAAACAUGCAGAAAUACCUUUUUCAGUGAAUAAUUUUAGCCUAAAAUACAAUUCCAUAAAUAUUCAUUUAGAUAUGGAUUAAGAUUAACUUUUUAAAUUUGUAUUACAUACCAAUUACAAAUUUUAAAGAGAAAACAUUUUUUAUAAAUUCAAUAUACUCAAAUACCUAGUAAGCUUGAAGAAUUCCCAUAAUACAUUUAUAAAAACAGUAUUACUUUUCCCUGUAGUCUCAUUUAACAAUUUAUUUUC